AAAAAGCCGGCAAUAAUGGUUCCGAUUCGCGCAGACGCACCUCGCAACCAGAGUUUCUUUUCGACCAUCACCGGCGGCCGUUCGUUUCGUGCCGCGCAAGUUGGUCGUGCUCCCUCCGCCGCCGGGGGGAGGGAGGAGCGGAGCGGAGGUACAAGAGGAGCCAAGCAAUCAAAGCCGGCUCGGCCGCUGCCGCUGGCCUCCCGAAUCCGCCCGAAAUCCGAAAACACGCGAAAGCCCCCACCACACAGACACAGGAGAAACCAGAAACAUCCCCCGGAAAGGCGAGAAGCGCCGAGAUCGGGGGCGAUGGUGGUGCGCCGGCUGGGCGGCGCGGGACGCGCGCUGCUCACGCUCCCCAACAUCCGGAGGCGGGCGUCCAACUCCUGGGCCGCCGUCCGCGACACCUUCUUCUCCACCAAGCAAGUGUUCGAGAGCCACCGCAUCGUCUUCACCGUUGGCACCUCCGUCGCCUCCGUCCUCACGGCGUGGGCAGGUUAUUCACUCCGCCAUGUGCAGCAAGCAAGGGUUGAUAGGAGGCUUGAGGCAAUUGAAUCUUCUUUGAAGAAUAAUCAGAAAGUUGAACAUGAAGAGAUAAAAAAGAUUGUCACUUCCAGCAAUAUUAGCACGCCAGCCUAUGUAGCCGCAGCGAUGACCACAAUGGUGGUUGGGUAUGCGCUAGGAUGGCGUGGUGGAGCUUGGUAUGCUCGACGGGCCUUCCGAAGGGAGCAACAAAAGCUGAUGGGUCACAUGAAAUCGCACAGUAGAUGGCACUGGCGGCCAUUCAAUAGACUCAAAAACAGGCUCAGAAGAGCGUCCAAGAACAAGAGCGAGGAUGCUCAUCAAUCGUUGGUUCAAGGCACGGAUGCCCCCACAACCAGCGAGGUAUCUGCGAAUGUUAGCAAUACUGCUCAGCCAGCAGCGGGCAGUGCAUGAUCUAUACAUACAUAGAUGGGCUAUGAUGUGAAGUUGCUAAUGGUGGCCAGCCGAAUCGUAGUCCAUAUGCUUUACAACUGACCAUAUGAGGUAGCCAGCCGAAUGGUGGUUCAUUUUUGUAGGCAUUAAGGUCAUAAUGCACUCAUUUAGCGGUUGCAGAUGUGACAUGGAGAAAAGUAAUUGAUGUGUGUCCCGUUUGCCCGUCCAUAUUGUACACUUAUACUUCCUUUUCUGGCAUGCUAUUUUGCGAAUUUAGACAGCCUUGUGCAGCCAGAUGUUUCUAACAGUGUUGUUUCA